UAGGGCCAGAUUUUUGGGGACUUCUAAAUCCCGAUUGGAGUAUGUGUAGUAAAGGUAGAAGACAAUCACCUGUAAACAUCAAUCCUAAUACUCUUUUGUUUGAUCCUAAUCUCAGAGCUAUACAGGUCGAUAAACAGAGGGUAAAUGGUGUAAUCACCAACACGGGACACAGUGUCAUCUUUAAUGUUAAUACAGAAUUUUCUUCCGUCGUCAACAUCAGUGGCGGUCCUUUAUCGUAUACCUAUCGUUUUCAAGAGAUUCAUCUACAUUACGGAAGGACUGAUACUUACGGUUCGGAGCACACAGUUGGAGGGGAUUCAUUUCCAGCAGAGAUUCAAAUUUUUGGAUAUAAUUCCGAUUUAUAUAAUAAUUUUACCGAAGCCAUGUACAAAGCUCAAGGAUUAGUUGGAAUAGCUCUGUUAAUCCAGAUAGGAGAAAUGACAAAUAUAGAACUUCGACUGCUCACCAGCCAACUACAUCAAAUCCUGUACAAAGGGCAGGAUGCUUUUCUAAAGUCACUCUCUGUAAAGGAAUUACUGCCAGAUACUGAACAUUAUAUGACAUACGAAGGAUCAACAACAAUGCCUGGAUGUCAUGAAACAGUCUCCUGGAUAGUAAUGAAUAGACCCCUUUAUAUAACAAGGCAGCAGUUAUAUGCCUUAAGGAAGUUAAUGCAAGGAGAUGUUGAUUCACCAAAGGCCCCAUUAGGUAAUAAUUUCCGACCAGUACAACCUGUUCAUCAUAGAGCCAUACGAACCAAUAUAGAACUUAACAUUCGUGAACCGGGAGAAAAUUGUCCUUCUAUGCAUAGAAAAAUGUUUUAUAAAGCAAAUACUUCAAACCGUCGUCUUUGACUGCAAGAGUUGCCUAUAUUUCAUGGUUUUCAGUGCCUUCGAUUGGGCAUUGUACGUUCCAACGGCACAACCUCUUCAGUUCAGUUAGAGAUUGUACUGUAUUCGUCUUCCCUGCCAGCAUUUGCCAGACAUAACUCUCAUCAAG